GCGCUCCGCCGUAGGUAGCUGAGCUUGCACGCGCGAUCCCGGACUCUCGUGCGUUCCGCGUCCUCUGAAGUAGAUGGGGGGUGGUGGGGGGAGGCCGGUGAACGGACCCGCGCGGCCCGGGCAAAGCCAAACGCACAGGGAUGCGAGCGUGAAGUUGAGUUUCUCCGGCGCUCGGGAGGAAUUUCGCCGCUCAGACGCUACUGCAUUCGCUCCGCGCGUCGAAUGCGACUUCCCCCCCCCCGUGAGGAUUACCGAUCGGAGAAGCGAUAAAAGUUUUUUUCUUUUUCUUCCCUUUCUCCCCCCUUUUCUCUCUCCGAUAGGACAGACCUCGUCCCGAACAAAAAGAACACGGGUAGGAUUUUCUCCGGUAGUGCAGAUUUGAUUGGAAAUUGAAGUAAGCUACUUGUUUUAAAGUUUUAGGCGUUGGGGUUCACGAUAAAAUCAUCUAGAAGUGGUUUGGCGAACUAACACGCACGUCUGUAAAGUGAUUUUCUUCUUCUUCCACUGAACUCGCUUCUUAAGCAAGUCGAUCGCUUGUGAAGUUCCGAGAAGCAAGUUCCAGGCUGCCGUUUUAAAAACGUUUUAACAGCAAAUGCAAAGACGAAAAUGAACAACGGUGGAGUUUUCGAGUAGUAACUGCUGAGGGAAAGUACACGAAGUGUUUGUACGAACACCAAACAGCCCUUCCACUCUCGGAUCCACACUUUCCCAUACCCACCGUGUUACUAAACAGGAGUGCCGCGUGCAUGGAGGGCCGUUCUGGACACACAGCUAUGCUGUAGACCGGAGUGAUGAAGCUCGCCGUGAAGACCAUGCUGCUGUUCCUCUCCCUCCUGCUGGCCCACGCUCUGCUGGCUCAGGCCCGGCCCGCCGGCCCGGACCGAGAACUCGCCCAAGGUCCCUCCGGCAACCACAGCGAGUAUCUGGACGCCAAUGUUACAGACACCCUAGCUUCCUCCGAAGACGAUGACGACGACGACGAGUCCUCCUCCGAGGAGACCAAACAGUCCAGCAGCCAGACGCUUCCUUCCAACAGCCAGGAGCAGCAGCCGAUGGCACCGGUGUGGGCGCAGCCGGAUAAGAUGGCGAAGAAGCUCCACGCCGUUCCUGCCAGCAAGACCGUCAAGUUCCGCUGCCAGGCCGUCGGCAACCCGACGCCCACGCUCAAGUGGCUCAAGAAUGGCAAGGAGUUUAAGAGGGACCAGCGGAUUGGAGGCUUCAAGGUGCGGGAACACCUGUGGUCGAUCAUAAUGGACUCAGUGGUGCCCUCGGACAAGGGCAAUUACACCUGUGUGGUGGAGAACAAGUACGGCAGCAUCAACCACACCUACCAGCUGGACGUCGUCGAGCGUUCCCCCCACAGGCCCAUUCUGCAGGCCGGCCUGCCUGCUAACCGCACCGUAGUGGUGGGCAGUGACGUGGAGUUUGUGUGUAAGGUCUUCAGUGACCCUCAGCCCCACAUUCAGUGGCUCAAGCACAUCGAGGUGAACGGCAGCAGGUUGGGAGAAGAUGGGAACCCCUACGUCCGAGUCUUAAAGACGGCAGGCCUCAACACCACAGAUAAGGAGAUGGAGGUGCUACAGCUCAAGAACGUGUCUUUAGAGGACGCAGGAGUGUACACUUGCCUGGCUGGCAAUUCUAUCGGCCAUUCCCAUCAUUCUGCAUGGUUGACUGUCAACGAAGCCACGCCCCCGACACCUCUGCCCAACCAGACCUACCUGGAGGUCCUGAUCUACUGCGUGGGAUUCUUCCUGAUCUGCGUGAUGGUAGUGAUUGCCGUGCUGGUGAAGAUGCACAGCACGGUGAAGAAGAGCGACUUCAGCGGCCAGAUGGCCGUGCACAAGCUGGCCAAGAGCAUCCCGCUGCGCAGACAGGUGUGUGUGCAGGUGUCUGUGGACUCCGGCUCCUCUCUGCACUCGGGGGCGAUGCUUGUCCGGCCGUCCCGCCUCUCGUCCACUGGCUCGCCCAUGCUGUCCGGCGUCUCCGAGUACGAGCUUCCCCAAGACCCCCGCUGGGAACUAUCGCGAGACAGGCUGGUGCUUGGCAAGCCACUGGGUGAAGGAUGCUUUGGCCAGGUAGUUAUGGGAGAGGUUUUGGGAAUGGACAAAGACAAACCCAACCGCAUUACCAAAGUGGCUGUCAAGAUGCUCAAAUCUGAUGCCACAGAGAAGGAUCUGUCGGAUCUGAUCUCAGAGAUGGAGAUGAUGAAGAUAAUCGGAAAACACAAGAACAUCAUCAACCUGCUGGGAGCCUGCACACAGGAUGGUCCGCUCUACGUUGUUGUGGAGUUUGCCUCCAAGGGCAACCUGCGGGAGUACCUGCGGGCACGCCGCCCACUGGGCAUGGAGUACUGCUACAACCCUGACCAGGUGCCCGUCGAGAACAUGUCCAUCAAAGACCUGGUGUCCUGUGCCUACCAGGUAGCGCGUGGCAUGGAAUACUUGGCAUCUAAGAAGUGUAUCCAUAGAGACUUGGCUGCUCGCAAUGUUCUCGUAACCGAGGACAACGUGAUGAAGAUAGCAGACUUCGGCCUGGCCAGAGACAUCCACCACAUCGAUUACUACAAGAAAACCACCAAUGGUCGCUUGCCGGUGAAGUGGAUGGCACCCGAGGCCCUGUUUGACCGCAUCUACACCCAUCAGAGCGACGUGUGGUCUUUUGGGGUGCUGCUCUGGGAGAUAUUCACUCUCGGGGGUUCUCCAUAUCCAGGCGUCCCUGUCGAAGAGCUCUUCAAGCUUCUUAAGGAAGGCCACCGUAUGGACCGCCCCUCCUCGUGCACCCACGAACUGUACAUGAUGAUGAGAGACUGCUGGCAUGCCGUCCCGUCUCAGAGACCCACCUUCAAACAGCUCGUGGAGGACCUGGACCGCAUGCUCUCGCUGACAUCCAAUCAGGAAUAUCUGGACCUGUCUGUGAAUCUGGACCAGUACUCUCCCAGUUUUCCAGACACACGUAGCUCUACUUGCUCCUCCGGCGAAGACUCCGUCUUCUCCCACGACCCCGGCGCCGACGAACCGUGCCUGCCCAAAUUCCCCCCCCACCCGAGCCGCGGGGUACCGUUCAAGAAGCGCUGAGCGCCCUUCCGUCUCGUGCCCCCCUGUAGUGCGCGCACUCGAGCAGGACUUCGCCCAUGUACCGCAGGAGGAGAGCGCUCGAGUGUGCCGUGCGCCGCAGAGCGGACCAGUGAGGUUUGGGACGGGACGCGCAUCGAGACGUUACAGCUGGAAGCACCGCCUUGCCACCGCAGACGUGGACGAGGCUUAGGGCACUUGGAACAGACCGCAGUAUCUGAACGGAGAAGGUGCCUUUUCUGUGGUCUCCCCUCUUUCCCUCUGGACUUGGACAGGAGAAAUAACUAUUGAAUGUUAUAAGUAUUUUUGGAUAUUUUUUCAUAGCUAACAAACAAGGAUUUUCUCUCCUUUCCAACCCUGUCACCAUUCCUCUCCCAUCACACAGCAAAAUUCCUUUAAAAAACCUUAUUUCACUUACUGGACUGUCCAAACGUAUUCUAACAGUGGACUGUUGCAUCAGUAAAGUCAAUGGAAUAAUGACUUUCUUGUAAAUACAGUUAGAAAUUUAUAAAUAUGAAUAUAUAUAUUUACACUCUACUCAUAUUUUUUAUUAUCCUAAUCGAUGUUGCCGCUUUUUGUACCAGAAUGUCCAGUGGUCCUUUUUUAGGGUGCUUUCGGAAAGGUCCUCAGGAGUCUUGACAUGAAAAAUAUGCUAAUAUUCCUUGAACUGAACUGAGAGCUGGCCAGUUGUUGUUUUUUUUUACCUGUUCUCGUUUUUGUUCUGUAUUCAUGAUGCAGCUAAGAUAAUGUAGCUCAGGGUGCCGCUAGCAGUCCGGCGCCAUUUCCUCUCAGUUCUCCAGAGCUAGUUAAGCUACAUGCUUGGUAGGCUACUGUCGUUUAGUAUAAACAGUUUUCCAUUUCUUGUGGCUGCUCUUCUGUGUUACGGUCGUCGGCGCUAAAACAUGGUACUUUUUUGUCUUAACGUUUGUGAAAAAGGUAAAAACCAAAAACAUGCGCAUCCCCAAAAACUGAAGGAAAAUAAUUCACUUAAGUUGGGCCUUGGGAUUACCUACACUGUAAAAGGCUUUGACUUCUGUGUAAUCAAUUGACUGUACAUAAAAGCAAAGAUGCCAUCCACCUCUCCAUGCUUAAGGAGUUGCAGAUCACGUAUGUCACUGUAAGAGGAUUACAUUGAAUAAAAUGCUAUUGAAAAACUGA